AUGGUGGAUCAGUAUCAGAAGGCUUUAGGGGUGGAUCUGUGGAACACCCACUAUGAGAGGAUGCAAGAACAAUUGAAGAAGUUGAAGGAUGUGAAUAGGAAUAUUUUUACGGAGAUGAGACAGAGGAUGGGGGAGAGCUUGGAUGAACUGAGUUAUGAAGAGCUGGGUGCUCUGAUUGAAGAUGUGGACAAUUCUGUCAAGGCCAUUCGGGAGAGGAAGUUUAAGGUGCUCAGCAAUCAAAUCGACACUCACAGGAAAAAGCAAAGGAAUGUUGAGGAGAUACACAGGAAUCUCCUGCUUGAUUUGGAUGCUCGACAAGAAGAUCCACACUAUGGACUGGUUGAUAAUGGAGGGGACUACAGUUCAGUGCUGAACUAUCCUCGCUUAUUGGCAUUGCGCCUUCAACCUACUCUUCCUACUACUCUCCACAGUGGUGGAGGAUCUGACCUUACCACAUUUACUUUGCUUGAGUAA